AAUCCACCAUGGCCGAGUUCAAGCCUGUUCUGCUCACUCUCCCUUCGCUCACUCCCCCGCUUGCCGUCGAGGUCCUGCCCUUUGGCUUGACGAUCCACAGAGUAUACGUCCAGGCAGAUGGAAAAACACACGACAUUGUGAUCGGCCCGGAAGAUCCCCAGGGACACACCGAAGUCAAAUACGUCAACACCGUCAUCGGCCGAUACGCCAACCGUGUUCCCGUCGGUACCCACAACGUCUCCAAGGACGGCAUUCAGGGAUCGUUCACCACUGUCACCAAUGAGUCACCGGAAGUAUCGCUGCAUGGCGGUCUCAAAGGCUGGGACUUUGCUAUCUGGUCAAAAUAUGACACUCUCUCGGACGCCACCCUCUUCACCAAGUCCGAAGUCGAGACGAUCACCCAGGCUGCCCCGGGUGACGCGAGCGCCGCCAUCUUCCACUACACCUCUCCCGACGGCGAGGAGGGCUACGAAGGCACGCUCCUCACCGAGACGCUUGUCGCAUUGGUUGGGCCGCGCGGGGUCGCGUCCGGGCCCGCAGAGCAUGCAGUGGGGAGCGUCGUGAUCGUGUACAGGUCGAGGCUGCAGGAGAAGGACAAGGUCACGCCGAUCAACCUCACUCAGCACUGGGGCUUCAACCUCGACGCUUCGCUCAAAGACGACCCCGAAGCCCAGUCGAUCCUCAACCACCGCGUCACCCUCAAGGCGAGCCACAUCGCUGACCGGCACGCCAACUUCCUCCCGACGGGUAACUUCAUCCCCGUCGCGGAGGCGGACAACGGCAGCCUCGCGCAUGUGCAUGACGGGAAGCGGGUCGGGGACAACUGGCCCUCGGGGGCUGGCUAUGAUGACUACUACGUUCUCUCGGAACGCACCACCAGGCAGUCGCCCCACCGUAUUAAGACCUCCGAGUUUGGUCCGUCGCUCAACGUCGUCAAGGACAUUUUUGAGCGCCCAAACGAGAAUGUGCUGGAGCUGUCGUCGGAGAAGUCGGGGUUGGCCGUCAAGUUUGACUCGAACCAGGACGGUCUGAUGUUCUACACGAACAAUUUCUCGAACGAGAAGGGGUACCGGAAAAAGAUCCACGGCGGCACAGGCGAGAAGGGCGACGGGUACAGGAAACAAUCGGCGACGUUCAUCGAGUUCCACGAGCCCCUCGCGGCGUUCAAGUACCCGACCACGACGAGCACGGACACGCUGCUGACGUCGAACGAGAUCUACAACAACUACGUCCGGGCCGAUGUGUUCCUCCGCCAGGUCGAGCACACCGGUGCCGCUUAGACGCAAAAGCCAGAUGGCACUGUCGUCGCCGACAGACAGGAGAGAAAGAUGGAAAAGAAGAAGAAGAGUCAUAUAAUUCGAUUUGUACGAGUAUGUUCUGGACUGUAUGUUAAAUGCGUCUCGCGGAAAGUGAAUGUACGUGUAGUCUUCGGGUUGC